CGUGAUGUAGGAAUCCGAUAACACCAAAGCGGCGAGGUUGCAACGCGGUGUGAGAUUUUAUUCGUUUUCACCUUGGUGCAUUUUUCCAUUUGCUAUUGAAUUAAGGAUACCAUGGCUGGCAAGCGGCAAGCGACCUCUAACCUAAACCACGACAACUGGGACCAUGAAGAGGAGCCCGAGGAGCGUGGCACCUUCCGCACGGCCACCGAGGACGAGCUGAAGACACGCGUUAUCAAGAAGGCGCGCCGUAAGGCUGCCGGCACCUCCGCCUCCUCUACCGCUGCUGAGACUGGCGAAGAAGACUCCUCAAAGUCGAAGAGCCUAUUUUCGGGAUUUUCAGGUUUUGGUAAGCCGGCUACCAGUACAGCGGCAGCUGGAUCCCCUUUCGCAUUUCUGGCCAAGAUACCAAAAGCAUCUACUGAUACUGCAGCCACAUCCCCCCCAAGUGCAUCCACUUUUUCGUUCCUGCCGAGUUCUACUAGUGUGGGAGACAAGCCGGCUGCUAAGAGUGCACCAGAAAGUGCUUUUCCAAAGCCGACCACCUCGAUAUUUGGCUCCAGUUCUGUCAGCAGCACAGAAACGAUUCCAAAAGCAUCUACUUCUGUUUUCGGUACAAGUUUGGCCGACGGUGCCAUCCCAAAACUAUCCCCGUCGAUAUUCGGCAACACAGCAGCCGACAAAAAAGAAAGCGUCAAGUCGCCCAUCUCUUUGAAGACGCCGGCGACUAGCAGCUCAAGUUCUGGCUCCAAGCCAGGCAAUGCCAGCGUUUCAGCCGAGCCUCGUGAGACCGUUUCAGCCGAUUUUCGUGAGGGCGUUGCUGAGCUUAACCGCGCCAUCAUGAAAUUCCUUCAGGAGCAUAUGGAUAAGAACCCCUACGUCAUAUUUACGCCCGUGUUCAAACACUAUGAUAAGCAUUUGAAGGAUCUACGCACCGAAGAUGCGGCGAAUGCCACGAAGCCCACACCAUCCACGCCACCGACAGUACCCAAGUUACCGACAUUGCCUACUUUCUCCCCGCCACCAGUAGCUCCGGCUGCUGCACCAACUUUUUCAUUGGGAACCGAAACGCGAGACGUUGCAGCUUCCACAGCUAAGCCGGCCGCUACAUUUUCUUUCGGCAAGCCCAACACUCCCAUCGGCGGCACCUCGACGCUGUUCGCCAAAAAGCCCAACUGCACCGUGACCAGCGGUGGGACGACCACCACCACCACCACACCGCUGUUCGCCGCUUCAACCAGCACCAGCAGCUUCGUUGGAUUCGGCUCUGUGCCAGAGCCUUCGGCUAGUUCCGAAGCUAAGACUGAUGAUGCCAUUAAGCCGGGUUUCUUUUCGUUUGGAACCAGUAAAAAGGAUGAGCCCGUGUCAUCACCUCCGAAGACAAAUGGCUUCAGUUUUGGGACGAAGACCGAUGAGAAACCUAGUGGCUCACUGUUUACUGGUUUUGGCAAAGCAUCCGAAGGAGCGGCACCUUCAACAGGAUUCAGCUUCACCCCGGGCAGCACACCUUUCUCUUUCGGGAACAUACAGCCUCCAGCGGCCGCACCAUCAGCAGCCACUGGUGCUGGUGAAGACGCGGAGGAGUCUGACGAACCACCCAAAGUGGAGUUCACACAGGUAGUUGAGGAUGGAGCAGUGUAUUCCAAGCGCUGCAAGGUGUUCGUAAAGAAAGAUAAGGACUAUGCUGAUCGCGGCGUGGGCACAAUAUAUUUGAAGCCAGUCAAGGAGUCGGGAAAAACACAGUUGCUGGUUCGCGCCGACACAAACCUCGGAAACAUUCUGGUAAACCUCAUCCUGAGCGAUGGCAUUCCUUGCCAGCGAUUGGGGAAGAACAACGUAAUGAUGGUCUGCAUCCCCACGCCAGAGGAGAAGAAGGCCACCACGAUGCUGUUGCGUGUUAAGACGAGCGAAGAGGCCGAUGAACUGCUCAAGGAAGUACAGAAGCACAUCAAGUAGGAGAGGAAGAAGCUGGAGAGCGGAAAUGGAAAUUACUCGUACAUCUGAAUGUUGUUUAAUCGUUUAUAAUCUUUACAAUCUACAAAGUGUGGAAAUAGAAGAAUCAAAAGCGUCCACAAAUUUAA